AUGGUGGCCUCGAAGGUGGUGCUGUCGCUGCUGGUUGCAGCUCUCCUGCUGCAUGUGGCCACCACGCUGAAGAUCAGCGCCUUCAACAUCAAGGCGUUUGGGGACAACAAGAUGUCCAACCAGACUAUCGCAGAUAUCAUCGUCUCUAUCCUGUCAGGAUACGACAUCACCCUGGUGCAGGAGGUCCGGGAUGCCGACCUGAGCGCUGUGAAGAAGCUCGUGGACCAGCUCAACAGAGCAUCUGUGCACUCAUACAGCUUUUUGGAUAGCAUCCCCCUGGGUCGGACCAGCUACAAGGAGCAAUACCUCUUCAUCUACAGGUCAGACCUGGUCUCCGUGCUGGGAAGUUACUACUACGAUGACGGCUGUGAGUCCUGCGGGACCGAUACCUUCAGCAGGGAGCCCUUCAUUGUCAAGUUCUCCUCGCCCACCACACAGGUGGAGGAGUUCGUGAUGGUGCCCCUGCAUGCCGAGCCCAGCAGCGCGGCGGAGGAGAUCGAUGCACUCUACGACGUCUACACCGAAAUCAUCAACAAGUGGGCGACUAAUAACGUCCUCCUCCUGGGCGACUUCAACGCCGACUGCUCCUACGUGACCAGCGCCCAGUGGCCGUCCAUCCGCCUGCGCUCCCUCGACGCCUGCGAGUGGCUCAUCCCCGACAGCGCCGACACCACCGUCGCCAGCACCACCGACUGCGCCUACGACCGCAUCGUCGCCUGUGGCACUGCGCUGCGCCAAGACAUCGAGCCCGGCUCUGCCGCUGUGAACAACUUCCAGAAGACUUUCCACCUCCAGAGCAAGGAUGCUUUGGCCGUCAGCGACCAUUUCCCGGUGGAGGUGACCCUGAAACCCCCUGCCGGUGGCAAAAGCAGGCAGACCAGGAAGGGCCUGGGAGGCUCGGGGCAGGAUUCGGCCCCCUUGCUGGGUCGCAGGAUGCCCUUCCACUGGCUCAGCAUACCUCCCGGCAGGAUGGGGACCAUGGCGCUGGCACUGUUCCUACUGGCCAUGGCUCUCCCAUGCCUGGCCACCACCACACUGCGCGUUGGCGCCUUCAACAUCCAGGCGUUUGGAGACACCAAGAUGUCCAACGAGGAAGUGGCGGGCAUCAUCGUCAGCAUCCUACACCGCUACGAUGUGGCACUGGUGCAGGAGGUGCGCGACUCCGACCUCAGUGCCGUCACCCAGCUCAUGGAGCAGCUUAACAGCGUGUCUACGUCCCUGUACGACUACGAGAUCAGCGGCCCCCUGGGACGGGACAACUACAAGGAGAUGUACCUCUUCAUCUACAGGACAGACGUCGUGUCUGUGGUGGACACCUACCAAUAUGAGGACCCUCAGGACGUCUUCAGCCGGGAGCCGUUCAUCCUGAGGGUCUCAGCGCCCCACACCAGUAAGCAGGGGAAUGAGUGGCCCCGGGCGGUGGCAUGGGGUGGCAGCAGGGCUGAUGUCCCUCUCCUGGCAGAGGUGGAGGAGUUUGUGCUGGUACCACUGCACUCGGCCCCGCACGAUGCUGUUGCCGAGAUCGAUGCACUCUACGACGUCUACCUGGCCAUCAUCAGCAAGUGGGGGACUGACAACAUCAUGUUCCUGGGGGACUUCAAUGCUGACUGCUCCUACGUCCAGUCGAGUGACUGGUCGGCCAUCCGCCUGCGCACCAGCGAUGUCUUCAAGUGGCUGCUCCCUGACAGCGCCGACACCACCGUGGGGAAGUCGGACUGCGCCUACGACAGGAUUGUGGUAUGCGGCGCCAAGCUGAGGAGAAGCAUCGUGCCAAGUUCAGCUACCAUCUACAAUUUCCAGCGCGCUUUCCAGCUGGAGCAGGAGGAGGCCCUGGCAGUCAGCGACCACUACCCGGUCGAGGUGAAGCUGAUGGCUUGA